AUCUCUUUUCGUUCACAACUACACACAUACAGAGAGAGAGAGUGAACAGAGACAAACGAGCUCGAGUCAGAGAGAGAGCAACAAAAAAGGAGAGAAGAAAAAAAAUGAGUAUAUACUAAGACCCAUAUCACAUUCAGAACGCACUGCAACAUCAAACGAGAAUCACACAAAUAAAAAAAACACACUUUUGUCUGUCUACGAAAAACGAAUUCCGACCAUUUUGCUAAAAGUCUCAUAGAACUAUACACACAGAAAAGAAUAAGUGAAUAAAAUUCCGAAUAAAAUAAAAAUCAAUAAAGAAACUCUCAAACGUUCUAAAUUGUGUGAAUGAAAGGGAAAGAAAAUCAGCAGUAAAAUAAUCACGAGCAAAGCGAAACAGAGAGUGUGAGAGAACGAAAAGUUGUUGGUUUGUGUAAAAAGAAACACAACAUUAUUGGUUGCAUUCUUGAUGCGUAUUUAAUUGAGCGUUGUUUAUGCUCGAAGUGUUGCUUCCUCAAUUCAACAAUUAAUUUUAUAUAAAGGGAAAUUAAUCUCUGAGUCUCUCAGCCCGACCGCUCUGGCUUGCACUGUGCAAUUUGAGAAAAACAAAUUUACAGCGAGUUUUUUUUUGUGCUUACUUACAGUGACGUGUUCGAAUGUGUUUGUAACUUUUAAAAUCGAUUUCAUAACCACGAUUUCGCAAAACGCAGUGAAUGCAAUUGUGUUCAUCAAUUGUUACGGUUUUUAAUGUUUGCAUCUUCGUUUUUCUGUUUCCUUUUGCAUUUUAUUGUUUCUAUUUUCAAGGUGCAACAAAUCUAUUGUAAGUUCAAAGUCUUGUGUGAAUAAAAUCUAAAAGAACAAUACAUCAGAAAGUAUAGAAAUAGAGAAAAGCGAAAGGAGAAAUAACAGCAGCAGCAGCAGCAGCAAUAGCAACACAAGCGGCAGCAGUGAGUACCCAAGUAAUUGCCGGAUUUGCAAAUGAACAAUGAGCUAAAACGAAAGAAAAAUAAAAAACUACAUAAAAUACAGACUAGAAAAAUGCACUGCAUCUUGACCUAGAGACGGAAAUAAUUUGAUUUGGAAUUUAAUCGUGUUUUGAGAUUCUGUUUUGUCGAGCGUUGCUUCAUCAACAGCAUCAUUAUAUCCAAAUCUACACAAGGUAAAUGUUCGUUCAACGCGAACCACAUCCAAAUGUGUAUCAUCGUUGUGUACCUCGUCAUUACGAGAAAAAAAAACUAAUUCAUAAUCAUUAACUACACUCAAGUGCCGAGUUUCGUGUGAAAUAUAUUUUUCAUCUUGUAAUUUUCGGAUUAAAUGAUUUAUUGAACGAAUUCUUUCAACCAAGUGAAAAAUAAAAUCCCAUCCAGUAAAUGCGAUAUUGAAUGUAAAGCGUCACGAUAAGCAUACGAAAAAAAAGAGCAAACGCACGCGUGUCUCAGUCUCGAGCAUUUUUUACUCCGCUUCUCUCCUCUCUAUAAUGCAAUUCCCACGCAUUUAUUUUUCUUCUUGCCUCACUUUAUGGCGAAACAAUAAGAACCUAUUUGAUGCGAAAGGUGUUUGAUUCACAUUCGGUACGACGGACGAUAAAGUGGAAAAAUUGAGGCACAAACAUACGAAAACUCAGUCAGUACCAACAGGAAAAUGAUAUUGCGUUGACAAACUCUAUCGAACAAUGGAAACGUUCUGCUGAUGAACUUUAGUACUGUUUUAUCUAUACACAUAUAUAUGCGUACUCAUUAUGAUAACAUCGUACAAUUUCAGCCAAAAGUAUUUUUCGGGACGCACUCUAUCAACAAUUUCUUAACGGCAGCAGAAUCACAUUCCACGCGGAAACCAUUUCGAUUUCAAAUGACGGUACAAGAGAUAAAGAUUAUGAUGCAUUGGGCCAUAAGUACUAGAUGUGCACGGUGUAUGUGUUUGUGUAACACAGACAAGCGAGCAUUUUCAAUCUAGGGUCGAAGUAGUUAGAAGUGGCAAAAAAUUUAGCUUAAGAAAAAGCAAGCAUUAAAAUAUAUCGGAAACACAAUGCUUGCGAUGCUUUGUUGGUUUUGUUGGUGUUAUUCGUUUGCCGUAUUUGGGAGAAAGCAUUUUUGAUUGUGUGCGUGUGUCUCAGUGUUUGUGUGCACAAUGGAAUACAAACAAUAUACCAUACUUAGCCAAUUUAGCAACAUCCAUCCUCCGACAACGCCGCCAACGACGACGACGACGACGACGACGUGUUUGCUCGUGUCGAGUUGUGCUCUUUUCCCGUUUACACGCUGGCUGUGUGUGUUUGUGCGCCUUUUUUUUUUCUUUCUUCUGCCAUGCAAAAUCAUAAGCCAACAAAAUAAAUUUAUCGACAUCAGACGCAACACAUGUAAAAUAUCAUAACAAAAUGUAAAUAUAGGUUGUUGUUGUUGUUGAAGAAUGAACAAAAAUGAAAUGGCGCAAAUUAAUUUGCCAUGCUUGGAUAUAUUUUUAUCGUGUGCUAGUGGAAAUGUGACUGAAUACAACGACAGCGAGAGAGAACGAUUGUGCGUGCUGUAUACGCAUCAAAUGGCAGAGGCGAACGAUGACAAAACAUUCUAACGACAAAAUCGGUAUAUUUUCAAGAUAGUACCAGAAAUAAGAGUACACAUGCUACUGAGGGGCAGAGAGAGAGAGAGAGAGAGAGAGAGAGAGAGAGAAAGAGAGAGAGAGAGAGAGAGUGAGCGAAAGAGCGAGAGUGUGAGAGAAUUUUUCAGUGUGCACAAAAUGCGUGCCCGACAUCGGCCUAUUGCAGAACAAAUAUCGUUCGUGCUAGUUUAUGUGGUCAUGAACAUUGCAAUACAUUAAGUGUAUUCACUUCACUUGAUUUGCGGGUCGUCGCGCUCAUCGACAAACCGAACACCCGAAACACUUGCCUUUUCAAAUUCCUUCACAGUUAUUCAGCCCAAACAAUCCGAUCACACGCAACUCAUGACGCUAACGCUGACGACAACGACUUCCAACAAUGAACAUCAAAUUCACCAAAAACUCUUGGCCAUUGGUUGUAGUUGGACAGCGAUACACAAUGCAUUGAUUCUAUACCUAAAAUUAUCAUGUAGGUGGCAUUUUUGACCAAUCAUUAAAUCAAUUUUGAUUAGGAAACUCUGAUUUAUUUAUAUGGUCUUCCGUUCGCACAGUGAUCUUUUCAAAUGAUUCGUUUCUUUUUAGAUAAGCAUUGUUUCCACCACUUCAAUAAGAAUUUGAGAGCGCGGUUCUUUUUUUCGAUCAAUCUCGGUCGUUUUUUCAUCGUUGCUGUUGUGGUGUAUGUGUUGCUAGCAUCGAUUUUAAUUCUUGCUCCAAAUAUACAAUUUACUAACCGCACAACUUUCUGAGGACCUCAAAUGGCUUUUUCGCCAUUCAAUUUCAUUCGUCUAGAUUUACGUUUGAUUCAAACCAAUUGGAACUUGCCACAAUACACACAUUUUAUGGGCUGCAUUUCGGUGUGAUUUAACGUCACACUUGAGCCAACCCAAUGUACGUGCUAAAUUCGGUUUUAUCGGUAGUUGAAAAAAGUGUGAUAAGUAUUCAUUGAUUUCGUGACAAAACGACAAACAGAUAAGUUGCGAGUGACAAAAAAAACGACGAAAGUCAGCGAUAACAUACAAAACCGUAGAUCAUAAAAAUCGAUUGUCAUCGCUAUUUUUACGUGGAACCAAUGGGUCAUCGUUUACGUAUUCGUGUCAAAAUAAUGUCGAAAUGCAUAAAAUAGAUUCAGACUUGAAUUGGAGUCAGUUGUGCAUAGACAAAUAUUUUCCCAUUUGUGCAACAGUCGAAAAUCUGAGUCGGACGCGCUCCUUGUCAUCGUGCGAAUUCGGGGUGAAUGAAACGUUGCAAAUAUAAUAUGAGAAUGGGAUCUAUGUGUACUAUAUUUAAAUAUAUUCGUUCAUCUGCUUUGCAUGACUUUGUGUACAACUGAAGAAAAAGAAAACUCCCAAGCACUUGUGUGUUUAGCAUGACAAUUAAUACUUGCGUUUUAUCGAAUCAAAUUAUCGUAAAAUAUUUCAUGGGACUAAUGGUGGUUCAACAAAGCUGUUACUUGGAUACAAAUGCAAAUUAUGAACAAAAACACCACCGUAAUAAAUACCCAACCAUCGAUAUAAAUCAUUUUAACUGUGUGAAUCCAAAAAUAAUUGUUAACAAUAAGUGGUACAAUAAAGGCAGCAAUAACAGCAUUGACAGUUCCUUGAAACGUUUAUUGGAAAUUUUGAACCGAAAGCAGAAACAACGUAUCACAAAUACAAUCGCAGUUUUAUCGGUAUUGUGGUUUCAUUUGUGGAAGUCGGAAGUGGAUGAGAAAGACAGACAUUUCAGUCGUCCAACCAUAAAACAGUGAACUAAGCGAAGAAAACAAAAUGGGACAAACACUUUCGGAACCGGUGACUGAAAAGGAAUCAGCUCAUUGCCAAAAUGAUGAACUCAUGGUUGGCUCUAGUUGUAUGCAAGGAUAUCGAAUUCACAUGGAAGACAGUCAUACACAUAUUCUGUCGCUGCCAGACGAUCCAGGAACAUCGUUUUUUGCCGUAUAUGAUGGUCAUGGCGGUGCCAAUAUUGGCAAAUACGCUUCGAAACAUCUCCAUAAAUUUAUCACCAAACGAGCUGAGUACCAAGCCGGCGAUGUUGCAUCCGCUAUGAAAAAGGCGUUCUUGGACAUCGAUGAAGCGUUGCUGAAUUCGGAAGAAUUGAAGCAUGAAAUGGGUGGUUCGACAGCUGUCGUCACAUUGAUCAAAGAUAACAAGUUGUACUGUGCAAAUGCUGGCGAUUCACGAGCCAUUGCUUGUGUGAAUGGACAGGCAAUUGCAUUGUCAGUUGAUCACAAGCCAAUCUUGCCGGUCGAAAUGCAAAGAAUACACGAAAGUGGUGGCUGGGUGGAGAAUUGCCGUGUCAAUGGCAGUUUGGCAUUGUCCCGUGCAUUGGGCGAUUUCAAGUUCAAGCAAAAUAAGAAACUUAAGGCCGAACGACAAAUUGUCACAGCUUAUCCGGACGUUGAGAUUCACGAUGUCGACGAUAAAUGGGAUUUUAUUCUGUUAGCGUCCGAUGGCAUUUGGGAUGUGCUCAGCAACGACGAUGUCGUUAAAUUGUGUUUGAAGAAAAUGAAGGAUGGCACACCACCCGAGCAAAUUUGCGAGGAGAUUAUGACUGAAUGCUUGUCGCCAGACCUAUUAAUGACUGGCACCGACAACAUGACCAUUGUGUUGAUAUGCUUCCUCCAUAAAAAAACGUACGAAGACUUUUGCAAGCGUGCCGCUGAAUACUGUCUGCGUCUGUUUCCUGAUGAUGAAAAUUUUCAGCAUGUCAAAUCGAUCGAAAGCCAAUUUCCAAAAUGUGAAAACGGUUUGUCGACAAUUGUGAUACCGCAGAAUAAUGAAGAGGCUGAAGAAUCGAGCUCAAAUUCAUAUGAAGAACAGCCAAACGAAAAGAAUGGUGAUGACGGCGACGACAAGGAUGUCGAUAAACCAACCACCGAUGCUCCCCUUGAAAAUGGUCAAACCAAUGAAAAAGCGCCGGAUGACACCAAUCCAACACAAGAAAGCAAAAAAUUCAAAGAGCAAGACACCGAAGCGGAAGAUCCAAAGUAGUUUUGUAGAAAAAAGAAGAAGAAUGAAACCGAAAUGAAAAUGAAUGGAAACUUUUAAAAGCUAUUGUGGAAUAAAUGGAAUUGCUGUAAUAAACAAAAUGGAGUGAAUGUAUAUAAAAAUAAUGAAACUUCACACUAUUAUAAAUGGAAAGGGAGAAAUGAAAGAGAAAAAAAAACAAGUAACUUACACACACACACACAAACAAAUAAAAAAACAACUAAAAAACCAUACACAUUGUAAUGAAGUUUCAUCGAAUUAGUUUGUAGCUCUGUGAGAUACACUAAGACCAGCAGCAUUCAAAAGAAACACAAACAAAUAAACAAAAUCCUAUACACUGAUUAAGAAGAUGCAACAUUGUCGGAAUGAGCGAAUGUUGUCAUCAAUUCGGAUAAUAGUAGACUUUUGUACUACAUAAAUAGCAUACAAUUUAAGCACCAAAUGUAAAACUUUUGUUAUGAUCCAUGUUUAGACAUUUCUUUAUUAAUUUUUAGUUGUGUUCACUGUUUUUGGCAUUAUUUUUUUCUUUCUUUUAAAUUCUGUAUCAUUAAACUAUCUUUCUACACUUAUUUUCUUUUAUUCACAAAUUUUCUAUUAUCAUUUGAAAAAAAAAACAACUGCUAGUUUUACGCUAAUAAUUAAAAAAUAGAAAAAAAAACCAAUGUUUAUUUUCCUUUUCAAAUAUACUAAAUUGCUUUUUUCUUCUUUUAUUCACUGCGUGACUGGCUUACCAUUUGAUCUUGUUUUUAAUUUAAAUGCGAAAUUCGCACUUCUCCUAAAAGCUGUUGUAUAACCUCAUACGAUCUCCUAACCCAUUCUUUAUUGUAUUUUUUCUUUCGUUCAUUUCAAGUAACAGCGACUGUUUGGCAUCAUUAAUUUUGAAUAUCAUUUAAUAUAUUGCACCAUUGAAAACAUAAAGUCAAAAUAUAAGCGAACGUAGUUUUUGUGUGAGUCAGAGCAUUACACAAUUUAAAAGAAAAAAAAAACCCAUAGUCUUUUAUGUUAAUUGAUAGAAAAAGGCUUCAGUAACCAAGUAUUGUUUUCUUUUUCACAAUGCAUUUGUCAAUGCCAUGGCCCAUCAUCAUUCAUCAGAGAAUUUUUUGGCAAAUGUAUUGGAAUCAAUGUUGAAUUUCAUGUGAGCAAAAAUUAUGUUAAUUAAGCUAAAUAGAAGAAAAAAAAUGAUUUCUAGACUCAGGUGACAAAGCAAAGAUUGUUUUUGAAAUGAAGAUUUUUUUUUUUAAACAGAAAAAAUAAUUUUUUCGGAGAAAAUUAAAACGUAAAGUGGGUGGUUUCUUGAAUAAAUAAAUCUGAAACUGAAA